AAUUUGCAUAUCGCUUUUCCGGAUGUGACGUCACUUCCCCGCAGAGACAGCUGAUGUUAAAAUAAUCGCUUCUCCCACAACCUGCCAUCAUAUACAUGUCACUGCGAAGUUUAUUUGAGUUCGCUUUAGUUUAACAACAACGGACAGCAUGUCGCAGAGGGGAAGCAUGCCGCUGUUGUGGAUUUUCAUUCAGGCCAGCCUCGUCCUGGUUAGCUGUUUCACCGACAUGGAAACGGGGCCUGGUGCAGGCGUAUCGACGCAACCGAACGGAGAUAAGUUCAAAAUCGAGGGAAGAGCGAUUGUUCCUGGCGUGAAAACGCAAGACUGGGUCUCUACGGCCAGAGUCUUGGUAGAGGGCGAGGAGUAUGUGGGGUUUUUAAGAACUGAUGGGAGUUUUGCAGUGAAUGACAUCCCUUCAGGAUCUUAUGUUGUGGAGGUUGUUACCCCUACAUAUAGAUUUGAACCGGUUCGUGUUGAUAUCACUUCCAAGGGGAAAAUGAGGGCACGUCUUGUGAACUACAUUAAGACUUCAGAGGUGAUUCGUCAGCCUUACCCACUUCAGAUCAGAGCCAGUGGUCCUCACAGUUACUUCAUGAAGAGAGAAACUUGGGGCUGGACAGAUUUCCUCAUGAACCCGAUGGUGAUGAUGAUGGUUUUACCUCUGCUCAUAAUUGUUCUGCUGCCCAAAGUUGUCAACACCAACGACCCAGAGAUGAGGAAGGAAAUGGAGCAGUCCAUGAACAUGCUGAACCCCAACCCUGAGCUUCCAGACGUCUCUGAGCUCAUGACCAAGCUCUUCUCCGGCUCCAAGGGCUCCAGCAAGGCCGGCGGCAGCAGCGGCGGCAGCAAGGGCAGCAGGCCCGCAGCCAAACGGAGGUAGUACCGGACCAACCUGCUGGAACUGACUCACUACGUCAAACCAAGAUUUUUCCAAGUGUCAUUUCUCCCCUCCCCAUUCACCUGGGUCUGUUGUACAGUUUUCUCCAUCUGUAAAUGUUCUGAGCACACCGUGGUUUCCAAUAUACUGUCUGAAACGGAGUUAAGUGUUUUUGGUUUCAAGCUGCACUGUGGAAAAUGUUUGCUAUAGCUAUUAUUCCUACUUCCUGUUUGUCUGUCCUACUUGUGUUGUUUUCCCACUGCUGCUAAAUUCAUCUAAAAAAAAAAAAGAGCCUAUAUACAUAUUCAGAGUUUUUCUUUUCCUGGAAAGUUUUGGUAAUCCGACUGUGAAUGAAAUUGAAAUUUAAGAUGAGUUCUUAUUUAAAAUUAUAGAUAAAUAAAUUAAAAUGCUAUAUAACCUUUUUAUUUGAGAAGAUCUGACUUGUUUGGGAGUAAACACAUGACCUCAUUCUAUGAAUUAUUAUAGUGCACUGUAUGCUUACAUACUGUACAUGAUGUGCCUGAGGUGUAUAAAUUAAAGCGACGGUGGUUGACAGGUUAGAGAGUAAAGGAGCUGUGGCUGGUUUUCCAGAUCUGCAGAGUGUUGCUGGUUUUGCUUUUUAAUAAAGUGGGAAGUAAAGUCAAUAUUAAAAUCAUUAACUCAG